AUGAACAAAUGGAUCGUCCAGGUAUUCAAAUUAGGGUUUGUUUCUAUUGAUCUCAUCUCUGUCUUGAGAAACAUUCUCGAGCUAUCUUCUUCUCAAUCAGCGCCAACUACGAGGUCUGAAGGGACAGAUGUGUCCUUUCUGAUGGACCCUCCUCCUCAUCUUUCUACUCGUCUUUGUCAUAUCCUUCGAAGACUGCUAGGAUUACGGAUGAGGCGCUUGCUGUGUACUGCUGCCUUGUUCGGCUCUGUGGCUGUGGUGAAGGCCCGUUUGAGUCCAGAGAGCAGCACCGACAACAGAGUUGAUGUUCUGCUUUCAGUUAUGGGGGAUUUUGGCUACAGCCACUUACUUUCUCAGAACUGGAACGGGAGUGAACCUUGUGAGUGGUAUGGGAUACACUGCAUGGACGGUCAAAUCAGGGGUAUCACUCUGUCGUUCAUGAACUUGACAGGCAGUAUCUCCAAACGGUUUGCAGAUCUUACAUCUCUAUAUUCGCUGGAUCUUUCCUAUAACAAGCUUACUGGUACCAUCCCAUUAGAGCUCACCAGGAUGAAGCUGAUUAGGAGUUUGGAUCUUUCCUACAACCAGCUACACGGGAAAGUUCCACAUUUCAAGACACUAAUUCCAGACACUUCAGGGAACCCAGAGAUUCUGAGCGAUGCUCCUUCACGGGGAGGUAACCAUAUCCUCGCCUGGGUACUUCCUGUUGGUAUUGGGUCUAUUGGUAUUCUGAUCGGAGCAGGCAUCUGUUUCUUUCGGGCUUGGAAGAGGAACCGAUCUGGUAGAGCCAGUCAGCCAGCAGAGAACGAGAUGGGAAAGUUGAAAGAUGGAAGAGAGAUUGCGGUUAAGAAGAUUGACGUUGCUGAUGGUAAAGGCUACGGUUUGUUUGACGCUGAGCUAAGUGUUUUAUCGAGAGUUCGCCACAGAAACAUUGUGAGCCUUCAUGGGUACUGCAUCGAGGGAGACGAGAGACUGUUAGUCUAUGAGCUGAUGGCACAUGGUGCGUUGAGUAAGCAUCUCCGGAAGGAAGGCAAAGCGGAACGAUUAGAUUGGAGUCGUCGCCUUGUUAUUGCAUUGGAUGUGGCUAGAGGAUUGGAGUAUCUCCAUACUCUAGCUAGUCAAAGUCAAAUAUACAUCCACCCAGACGUGAAAUCCUCAAAUGUCCUUUUGGGAGAAGAUUUACGAGCAAAGAUUGGAGACUUUGGUUUUGCCUGGGCUACAACAGAAGACAGAGAACCCAUAGAUACCAAGUGUGUUGGAACUCCAGGUUACACGGCACCGGAAUACUUUGGUAUGUCUUUCUUAUUUCCAUCGUAA